ACUGUACAUUUUUAUCGUACGCCGCACACGUGAGGAAGUGGCCUCAACGCACGAAAUUCGCGGGCCCAAAACCCUAAUCUCCAAAUCAAAACCCGAUUUCUUUGCUCAGUUGCUCUCUCCUAUCUAAAUUUAAUUCAAAUUCUUCGCCACAAGAUUUAUUCUUUUUGUGGAAAACAAAAUAAAGAUCAAAGAUGUCGCAGAAUAACAAUCUCGCAGACGAUCCAAAUCAAAACCCUAGAGUUACUUGGGAAGGUUGCAGCGUCUUGCUCGACAUUAACGACGGCGACCGCCUGGUUUUCGCUCGUCUCACGGCCGCCUCGACUUUGACAAUUGGAAACAAGAAGUAUCCCCUGCAGCCGCUGAUUGGUUGUCCAUUCGGUUCUUUGUUUCAAGUUGAGAAUGGAAAGGAAGGGCAGUACUUGUCUCGCGUUGUUCCAACUGCUGAAGGCGAUAAUGUUGAAGAAAAAGGGUGUUGCAAAAUAAAGGAUGAGUCCAAAGACAACAGAGGAUUAGUUGAUAAUAAUACUGCCCAAAGUCUCUCUAGUGAAGACAUAGAUUCAAUGCGAAGACAGGGUGCCACCGGGGAUGAAAUAGUUCAAGCUCUCAUUGCUAAUAGUGCAACAUUUGAGAAGAAAACAUCAUUUUCACAGGAGAAGUAUAGACUUAAGAAGCAAAAGAAAUAUGCACCUAAGGUCCUUUUGAGGCGUCCUUUUACACGAAGUAUAUGUGAGACAUACUUCAAGAAAUAUCCGGAAAGAAUUGGGUUUUUGCGGGUGGACGCUUUAUCUCUUCUUCUCUCCAUGGGGAAUGUUGGUGCACAUUCUGAUGUCCUUGUGGUGGAUAUGGUUGGUGGUAUUCUUACUGGUGCUGUGGCUGAGCGUUUGGGAGGUACAGGUUAUGUGUGCAAUUCGUAUCUUGGGCUUGCACCAUAUCCUACGGAUAUUAUCAGAAUGUUCAACUUCAGUAGUGAAACUUGCAGAAGGAUCGUGCGGUGUUCACUCACUGACCUUCGCUCGUCUCAAAAUGGAACUUGUCUUCCAGUCGGUGAACUUGGAGAACCCCAUAACAUUGAAACUCAGUCACAAGAAGAGAGAUCUCCUAUGUGCUCAGCAAGCGUGGAUGAAAGUGCAGUUUCUUCUGAAAACGGGAUGCUGGAUCUUGUCGCGGAGACAUCUACCUCUCCAGUUACUAAAGCAUCCAAAACUCCAAAACCUGGAGAGAAGGCUUCACAAGAGCUCAUUAGCUUUUGGAAAGAAAAUGGGUUUUCAAGUCUAAUAAUUGCUGCUCCAGAUGUUGAUGCUUGGAGCGUUGUUAGCGAACUCCUCCCAUUUCUAUCAUUUUCUGCUCCAUUUGCAAUUUAUCACCAAUAUAUUCAGCCCCUUGCCACUUGCAUGCACAAUCUACAACUGCGGAAGAUGGCAGUUGGUUUGCAAAUAUCAGAACCUUGGCUUCGUGAAUAUCAGGUUCUUCCAUCGAGAACACAUCCGUUCAUGCAGAUGAGUGCGUUCGGUGGUUACAUUCUAAGUGGGACCAAGAUACGUACUGAAGAUCAGCUCCAACCGAAGUGACUUAAAUUAUGCUCAGCUUCUCAACUUCAAUUUUUCCCUUCUAUCUGGCUGGCAAUACUUUAACUCGUAGUGUACACUAGCUAUUUCUCCCGUAAGGAUGUACACUAGCUUUUUCAAUCAUGUUUUGCUAAUUCAGUGCUUCCAUCUGAGCAAUAAACCAUGCUCUAAUGCUGUUUGUAUGUCAAUUAUUUCGUCCUUAUUUGUAACCCUAUGAGGCUGCACCUGUUUGAUGAAUAAAAUUUUGCGAUGAUGACCGUGUUUGCGAUA